AUGGGAAGCCACUGUAACAAGAAUGUCACACUUUCGUUGAGUGAACUGCGACGACUCUUGGAACAACUUCCUCAUCAACUUUCUGCACUGUCAACGCAAGGAAUUACUACAGGAAGCAAUGUCGAUAAACAUCGUCUACCUCCACCAAAUACCUCUCUUCUUGAGAAAUCGAUUUUCGCAGUUAACAAGAGACUAGGAGAUCUUGUCGAUCGAAUUGAUCUGAUGAACAAGGAGCUAGCCGACAUUUUCCAGCAGUAUAAGAACACGAUAACUCUUCGACGGGGUCUUACGGUAUGGCUUCGGGAUACGUCAGAUGUCGUGGAAUCCGCAGAGAAAAGCAUCCAAAGCUAUCCUCAUAGAAAUAUUUCCACAAGCACUGCUGCAAGGAAUCUUGAAAAAGCAUCAAGUGAGGCUGUUCAUAGUGAAGAGAAGCUGAAGGAACUCAAUCAAACUUUCAAGAAUUUAAUAAACCUACUUGAGGUAAGUUCCAAUUCUCUGGAAUCAGCUAAUCGUGGUGAUAAAUACCAUCGUUCUGUCAGCGGUUUUCCUUUUGUCAACAUGGAGCCUGCCAAUACCAGAUUUGCAGAUCCAUCAAUAAAUGGGAUAAUCGAUCUUGUCUCCCUGGAAUCGUCAAUAGCAAAUCUAAACACCCAAUUCAAUGCCCUUAAAAGCAGGAUUGAUGAUAAUUUAGCAAUGAUCGUUAACAUACCCUGUAAAGAGGAACAUCAGAGCACCUACGCUACCGGAACGACCCACCGCACAAUGGAAAGCAUGCGAACACUCCUUUCACCACCAUGUUGUACCACGGGGGAUCUCGGCGAUAUCUUCACUAUAACUGGUUCUAGUCGUCACAGACGUAGGAAGGCCUCACCUUCUCUCAACUCUGAAGAACUCCAGGCUAAGCGCAGGCCAUUGAAGAGAAAACUAAAUCGGUAUUGCGUCGUGUCGGGAUUCUACCUAACUUCUCCAAAUCAGUCACUGCGAGUUGAGACAGCUAUUACACGAGCUAUGAUUCGAGAGGGCUUAGUUGACGUUCAUAAUAACCGUGUUUAUGAUUCGGACUCUGGAGCUAUGAUAAACGUUGGGGAAGCAUUGGGAAAGAGCGUGAUUGUCGGACUUAUCUUCACAAAAUCCUUUGUCAAGCAGACUGGUGAAACGACGUAUUGGUUGGAGAUAUUCCACAAGAGACAUGAUGUCUACCUUCUAGAAGGAGUCUAUGAUGUUAAUGCGAAGGCAAUUGUUCCUGUUGAAGAAGCUAUUACCUCAAAACUUCUUGAUCCCAUUCGUGGGUUGUAUCAUCAUACCGGAACUACCGAAACGAUCACACUUGAAGAUGCUCAUCAGCAGGGGCUAAUCCGCGUUGUUCAUCAUUUGAGACCUCCCUGUGAGAACCUGAUAUCUAGACCAUUUGAUUCCAUUCACUAUAGAACUGUGGAAAUUGACUUAGCUGUGCGUCCGUUAAAUGUCACUUUCAAGGAACAGGAGGAUAUAAUAAACCAAAUUGAUGAAAAUGGAGUAUAUGACCAUGUAAAGGUGAGUCAACAAAACAUCACUGUAAAACAACCAAAGAAGAGACAACUAGAUCUCCACUUAUUGGGCAACCUCGCACCAGUUUCGAUGACCGAUGGUACUGCGAUUUCGGCAAUAAAACUACCUCUAGUUCGACGUCUUGUCCCGCAAAAUCUCCCCAUCCUCGAGACAUCUCGUCGCCAACUUGAUUCUCCUCAACAAUUAUGUCUCGCUACUGCUCUAAGACGUGGUUGGAUAGACCCUCGAACAGGUCGAUUGAAAAGUUCUACUGGAGCUGUCUCUCAGGUGAAUCUUCUUGAAGCUGUGGAACAGAGAAUCUUGGAUCCUAACUCAAUCGUGGUUCGCAUUGGUAAUGGAAGAGAUUCAGACAUGUCUGAAAGCCAGCAUUAUACUUUAGCAACGGUAUUGAAUGAAGCGAAUGCGAUUGCAAAUCGUGACAGCCACAUAUCAGAAGCGAGUUGGAAAAAUGAGCUGCUGAAGAUUUUAAUGACUAGCAAUGCGGGUCCAGUAGGCGGUGAUGUUAGGGAGACGCUAUCACCUGAUGACUAUACUCGCCUUCGUUCUGUGAUCGGUCCUAAAUCUGGCAAAGGAGACAAGAAACUAGGCACAGUGAAAAUCAUUCUAAAACCAAAGAAAAAGAAUACUGAUGAGAAGCCCCCUGAAGAAAAGCCUCAAUGCGAGAGACUAAGUCUAGCUAGAGCUAUUCAAUGUGGAAAGUUUGAUCCAUCUACCGGAAUGGCAUUGACCGCCACUAAUCAGAAAAUAACUCUUGAGGAGGCUAUUGAAUUGUCAACAAUAGAUGGUGAAAACUCCCUAAUUCAAGAUGAACGAACUGGUCAUUAUCGUAGCCUGCUGAGUUACCUAAAUGAAGGAACAAUUCCUAUGGAAAAGUGGAUUGAAUGGCCGAUGGCAACACUAUUGUCUCCCAAGGACGUGGAACCGUUUGGGCGCAGACAAUUGAGUAUCGGACGCAGGAUACCAUACGCUUCAGCUCAUGCUCUACACCUUAUUAAUCAACAGAGCAGAACUGUUCUCAAUCCCCACACACAAACAUAUGUAUCCAUUCUGAAUGCAUUUAAUGAUGGACCCUUGUGUUACCACAGAACUGUGAUACACUUCAGAACUACACAGGAGUAUAUUCCGGUGGAUAUUUUACUACCAACUAAUCCUGAAAAUGUCAUAACCGAACUCCUGUUUAAUCGGUCUAUGUGUGUUGAAUUACAAGAGGAUAUUGUCGACGAGGGAAAACGAAACCGUUCUGCGCUUCAUGUAACAAUUCCACCUUGUACCGACUCAAAAGUAUCUGCGACAGUCAAGUUACCUGUAGACUUAAAGACAGCAGUUCAACUUGGUUAUCUAGACCCUCAGACUGGUUUUGUAAACGACCCUUUUACUGGACACCGUCUACUUAUUAAAGAGGCUAUCGAAAUUGGUCUGAUUGAUGGUGAGAAAACAGUGAUUAGAGAUCCAGCUACUAACAGCACAUCAACACUAAAUUCAGUAAUAAAUAACGGUGAUCCUGUAAACGUACCCUAUUUAAUUCAUUUAUCUCUUCUUGGUGAUGAUAAUCGAUCCAAUCUACCUUCUUCUGUGGGAGAUUCUGGUUUAGCAACAUCGUCCGGGAUAUCGGAACUUCCUGGAGAGAAUGAGAUUGUAGAAAUUACUCCAAGUGAACGUGAAAUGAAAGAAGGGAAGUGGCUGUCAGCCGCAGAGUUUCCUAUAGUAUUGAAUAAAGAUGUGCCGGGAGGAUCUCAUGUAAAAGACCAAGAUUCGAAAAUGCUGAAGUCAAAUUUACUUGAUGCUGCAUCGAAAGUCGGAACGGGCCUUGCUGUCGCAUUGGGCGCAGCCGCUUUGGGCGCAAAUAUUACUUAUCAGACAAUUAAGGGUAAAAUCCAAAACGGUAAAUCAGCAGGUCCACUAAAACAAGCAUCUUCGAGUGAGAACAUUCAGCAUUCGAAGCGUAGCUCAGAUGUUACUUCGUACGAAAUUGAUAGUUCUCCAAGUAAGAUGGAUGUUGUUGAAGAUGCGAAACCCAGCCCUAUUGCAUCUGCUAGAUUGCAUUCGCAAGAAGACAUUCAAUCAUCUGAUCAUGGAGAGAUUGGUGUUAGAGAAAGGACAUUUUCUUCAGGACAGGUGGACAGCGAUGCUGCAGCUGCUUCCAGACCAACUGAAAGUAUCAAGAAAUCUGUUGGGUCAUCUCAAUCACAAUCACACUAUGACUCUAAAAUUGGGGAGCAAAUGGAUAUCGAUAUCAAUGGAACGCAUACUCGAUUUCCGCAAUCAUCCAUUCGCCAUAAUUCAGAACUUAGUCCUGGAAAAGGUACAUUUUCAGUGAUGGAUAAGGACGAUAAUAGUAAAAUUGUGUUUGGUCAACAGUCACUGAAUUCUCCGGUGCCAGGUUCUGAGGAAACGAAUGACAGCAAGAUUGAACAACUUGAUCCAGAUUUAAAGUGGACCAGCAGUCAAGAGAAAGACCCUAUUUACAAGGGCUCUAAACCUCCGCAAUAUAAAGCAGAAAAGUUAGCACAGAGACAGUUUUUGUCAAAUUCUCCCAAUUCGGAUUAUGAACUCAAAGAAGAUAAAGAUUGGUCUGGUGAGACUCCAGCUGAGGAAGCAGUGUCAAAAGAAGUAUUUAAUCAAAGACCAGGCGCUAGAAGAAGCUCAACUGAAGAAACACAAUGUUCUGCUGCUGUUAAACGGUCUUUCGAUGACGAUCAGUGGAAUGCAUACCCUCCCAAUUCAGGUGGUAUGGGUGGUAAAAAUAAUUCUGUUAUUUCCACUGAAAGUGAGCGAUCUUUGCCGAAGCCAGAGUUAGAAAAGAAGAAAGAGACUUCUGAGAAGUAUCCCAGUGAAAGAACACCUUCAAAAGAAGUAGUCGAAGAAAAACUGGUUGAGAAUGUUAUUAUAUCACCUGGGAGCAAUUCAACUAGGGAGUCACAGCACUUGAAUCUCGAAGUUGUUCCUAAUGAUAGAUCAUUGAUUGACACGAUUGAUCAAGAUAAAUUCUCUCCUGAAUUGAAAAUACCUGUCCAGGAUCCUACGAUGUCAGGGAUUGAUGAAUCUUAUCAGUUAUCAUUUAAAGACCAAAACAAGAAGAUUCCAACUUCCUUGAGUGCAAACGAAGAAAGUAUUAAUGCUUUUAAUGUCGAGAAAGAAACUCCUGACUCGCCUGGACUUGCAGAAGGUAAAAAGUGCUUUGAAUCUUCUAUAGACCAGGGAAAAUAUGUGCCCUCUGAAAUCAGCAUCGGUAAAACAGUGGGAAGCGAUGAAAAUCAAACGGAACAGACGCCGCCCACCAAUGGAACGGGUUCUGUUGUCAGACCAAUAUUAUCCGGUGUUGGUAAGGCUUUAGCAGCAACACUCGGAGCGCCAGUAAUCGCUGGAGUAAUGGCUUAUAAUGCCGCAGUAGAAAAAAUUGGUAAAGCUUCCGCUGUGCAGCAAGAACCCAUUGUAGCCCCUGGACACAAUCUAAAAACCGAAAAAGAAACUGGUGAAUCACUAGAACCAAAAACAAUAGAUGUCUUAGAGGGACAACGGACACAGUUUCACAGCCCCAAAACUUUCUCUGUUUCUAAAACCCCUGAAUCUCACGGUUUGGAAAAACAUGGUUCAAAAUCUUCUCAACAAAGUGAUGACACAACUUUAAAGGAGCAAAAUCAAGCAGAAUCUGGAAACAAUGAGGCCGAAAAUUCAGAGUUGGUGAAACCCAGACGUCUGCCUAGUAAGGAAGGAACUCAAGGUGAUGAUCUUACUGCUGAUAACGAGAUUUCUAGAACACAAUGGGAUUCGUCCCCAUUUGAAAUUAUUCCAACUAUGGAUGUUCGGUCAAUGGGUGAAGGCCAUACACGGGAAAGUGUUCUAAGAGGUGAGAAAGCUAGAGAAGUGUUCCUAUCAAAAAGCGAAUCUGAGAAAGAUGGUAAGCAGAUCAACCAAUCAGAAAAUGAAAUUGAAAAAUCAUUACGGAAAUCCAGAGAAAUGGAUCUUUACCCACCCUCUGGAAGUGGCAUUCAAUCUCAGACACUGUUCAAAGGGUCCACUGCACCACAAGACGAUCAAAUGAGCUCUGAACUUGAGUCCUCGAUUCUGAAUAGCUUCUCGGAUGUUACUGUUUUAAAAGAUAGUAAUGAUUCGACAGAUGAUACUGAAAUUUAUGAAUCAGUUAAUUAUAUAUCAGGACGAACUUCUAUAGAGGUAACAGAAAAACAGGUGGUUAAUGUUGAAGAAGAAAAAUUCCCUAUAUUAGAACCAAAUUCUGAAAAUGGCGUAAUUAUCCCAGGAAAUCCUCUAAUAGAUGACGAUUAUAUAAUGGUCUCUGCAAGUGAACAUUCAGCAGCGUCACCUCUCAAGAAAGCCUGGCGUCUUAGUAGCGUAGGAGGAGCUGGUUCUGCUCUCAUCUUCGACCAAACUGAUGAAGAGUUGAAUGAAAUGCCAUCUCUAAAACCUAACAAUGCUUUAUUAGAGGAUAUGUAUAGUACUGAGGUUGGAUUCCCUCAUCUUGAAAAGGAAUCCCAAUCACAGGAAUGGGAUGAGGAUUUUCCAAAGAUACGAGAAAACGAAACAGAUUUGAUAUCAUCCGCAAAAUCAGACGAAAUUAUACAAACUGGAUCUGGAUAUUUCGACGAUGCUAGCUCAGAUGACACCACUGUAGAAAUGGUGGAGCUUGACAAAGAAGCUUAUAUUGAAAACAUAGAUAUGAUUUCUUCUUCAGAGCAUCGGAGUGACUUGGAAACUGGCGAAGGAAACGAUAGUUCUGGGUGGUUCCAAGAAGAUGAAACGAUGAAAUCUAUUGAUGAUUGUGUAUUCGAGCAAUCAUUAGUGGAAUCAAAAUCAGCAGCAAGUCAUCCUGGAGAAGACGCGGGCGAUAUUUCUAAUAAGAAAAGUCAAUUAGGUCCAAGGGAGAAUAAAUCGCAACCAAUUCCAGAACUCUUAGGAGGCAUUGAUUUCAUAUUCCCUUUUUCUGGUGGAGAAAAUCUUGGGGAAUCAACAAUCUCUGAACAAACAAAAAUAACUUUCGAUAAAUACGACCAAGCAAAAUCUGAUCAAGUAGUUAUAGAGCCAUCUGAGGAUGAGGUUGUUCUAGAAUCUGAUAAAAAUACACUGGAACAAUCUGAAUCUGUAUCAACGAAGUCUCCUGAAAACCUUGUGAAGAAAUCUGUGCUUCCUGGUGGCAGUCCUUCGGCGUUGGAUUUCUCUAAUCAGGUGGAGGAUGCUUUUUCAUUAACUGAUCAAUCAGCUAUCUCUAAACAUGGUCACCGAUCUGUAUAUCAAGACGUUCUCUGCACAACUGAUGAAAUAAAACCCUCUCUGGUAGAAUGUUCGGAGGCUUCAGAGUCACUAAUACUAAAUAAGGAUGAAAUUGAUGAUUUGACAUUGGAGAAAGCUCUGAGCGGUGAUAUAAUGGAACGAGGAGAUGAUUACAAGCAUGAAAUCGAACACCAACCUGACGAACUAAGAGAUUCAUUUAAAAGAAAUGAUAGUGAUUAUGAGAUUGUAUCCCAGCUAGAUUCAUGCUUAGACCACGACUCUCAGCUUCUGGAAUAUUUAUUAGUAGAAAAAACUAGAAGAAAUGAUGAGGAAAGUAAAACGAUAGCGAUUGGAAGUACUACGUUGACAGAGAUUCCUACUCAAACUAACGUUUCGAUUUCGAAGGAAGAUGAAAAAAUUUCGUAUAGAGAAAGCCCUGAAGCAAUUGUUGUUCGAGAAAUAUCUGAUUCAAAUGGGUCGACUAACCAGAAGGAAUAUUGUGCCAGAACAGAAGAUCAACAAGUUAAAGUCAGUGGUUCUUCAUCUCCUGAACAUGGAGUUUUCAAUGGGAUAAUAAAGUCGGAUCUGCUCUCUGAAUUUAAUAAUCCAGGAGUUCAAUGUGAGUCAACUGAUGUCAGUGACAUUAUACGAAUAACGGAUGCCAAAGUAAAUCCUCAUUCAAUUGACAGCCUGAAAGUUUCAAUGCCUGAAGAUUCGGAAGGAAAGAAAGAUAAUUCUUUGGCUAAAUGUGAUGCUUAUCUAGAAACUGGGACCGAACACUCCAUUUCGAAACCUGAGACGAGAGAGCUUAUUGAUAAAUCAGACGAUAAUGUCUUGGGUUACUCUAAAUCAUCAGGGACAGAUGAUGAAUUUACAAAAUGCCCUUCUGAAAAUAGUAAACUUCGAACUAACUUAAACCAAGAUCAAGAAAAUGGGUCACAUAUUGAUGCCACUGCUGAAGCGAUGAAGUCUGUUUCAACAGGCUCCGAUAAAAGCGCACUAAAUAGUGACUACGAAAUGGUGGUCUAUUCUGAUCCAAGGAUCGAUCACGAGUCUCAGAUGAUUGAGUAUCCUUCGCAGUCAAUGAAAGAGAUGGAUAGGAUGGAGUCUAACAGGAAAAUCGAUCUCUCUGACAAUCCAGAUAAGCCUGUUUUUACCAAAGAACAAAUAUCACUCCAAGAGGACGAUUUAAGCACGAGAUGUCAAGUGGAGUAUCCCCCAUCAAUAGGCAAAAUUUUGAUAACGCCUAGUGUUGAAGAACUAACGUUCAAAAAAUUGAAAGUUGAUGAACCAAUAGUUUCCGAUAUCAACGAGACAGUCACCUUCAAGGACAAUCAACUCGGUAUUCAAACUGCUACUACUGGCAUUGGUCUAGAAAACGUUCCUGAAUCGAUAGAUGCUCAAUCAUUAAUUUACUCAGAUCCAUAUAAGGACCAUGAAUCUUCUAUGCCAAAUAGCGGCCUUCCUAUGAAAAAUCAUCAAACCUUAAAAACUAGCCCUGAUGCGACAGACAAUGGAUAUCUGGAAUCUCGAACACAUGAAGCGGAAGAUAUACAAUCUGCUAUGAGCGAACCCUGCAAUGGGCACGAAGCAGUGGUUAGUAUUUCUGAUCCUCGGCUAGAUAUUGAAUCUACGAAAAAUGAAUGUUCUUUGGAAAGUGUUCAAGAAAACGGAGCGUUUAGUUCUUUGCGAGACCUUGAUAGAUACGAUAUAUCGGAAGAAAUGCCAGCCAAGAAAGAAGAAAAUGGGAAUGCGCCAAUCAUUUUCAGUGACAAUUCGAAUGCUGCUCAUUAUGAUAUAGGACCACCUAAGCCAGUGAAUUCAUUUGAAGAUUCACAAAGUACGUUCAAGAAUGAAGUUGACCAUGCUCACUUCCUUGUUUCGGCAAAUCGUCUACCAAAUAUUGCAGAAACAGACGCCAGAAAAUUGGCUUUGUCUGAAAACGCGCAAAUCUCUGACAUUGAUAUGACCUCGAAUAAUCAAAACUCAGAUAAAUCCAAGCUGGCAAUAAUCCCAAGUGAAGAUAAAAACGUUUCUUCAGAUGAAAGAUCUCAAGAUGAAUCACUCAAACAAAAACCAUCAGUUUCUGUUUCAGUUGCAGACGUUAAAACGAUGGCUAAAGCAUCGGAAGUGAAGUUGAUAUCAGAACCAUGGGAAGUUGAAUGUAAAACUGAACUUCGUAGCGAUAAAGAGAAGCCACUGGAGUCAUUAAAAAAUGUCUCAUUAGUUUCGAGUGCCGAUAAACCUGGGCCAGAACUUCCUUCAUCACAUGACGGAGAGUACACUGCAAACAAUCUUGAAAAUGAUGAUCAGACUGAAUUCCAUUUUCCAGCCGAUUUUGGCAUUAAGACAAAACUGUCUUUAGCUCAAGUUUCCUCGACUGUACCAUCUUUAGACACAGAAAAAUUACCACUAUUUGGUACUAAGACUGCUGAAAAUGAAGAGUAUGGUGGAUUCAAUUUGGAGCCUGGUUCACCAGUAUGUUUGAAAUUUCCAACGACUCAAGGUGUAGAUGACACUACUUCCAAAUCAGCACUCGACGAAACUACGGCUGUGACAUCUGAACAAGUGUCAAAGAACCGAUACCUUUCUGAUAUUAAGAAUUGUCUACUUGCAUUAGACGAAGACUCAAAAUCAGUAGAUAUUCCCUAUGAACCCCAAAUAUCUGGACAAAGGACUACUCCAGGAGGAUGUUGCGACAAUAACAUCAUUAACGAUUCACUUCAUUCAAAGAAAUAUUUUGAUGCUGAGCUAGGUUUGUCAGAGAGAAUGGGAGAAUCUUCUGGACUUUCUGGCAUUGGAUCGACAGGAAACGAUUACGAUGUUAUAAACCAAAAUGAACUUGAAAGUGGAUUGUUAGAUCCGUCACAUCAGUUAACUUCAAAUUCUUACACGAAUUAUGAGGUGCCAGUUCUAUCCGAAUUAGUAAUUAAUGAAAGCCUUGAUGGAGUUACAAACAAUCCUAUCGAAAAUGAGUCCUCGUCUUUUCCAUCUAUUAAAAUAGAACCAAUGGAAGAAACUAUGAAUGCCGACGACACUUCAAUUGAUUUAUCAAGCGAGUCCAUCACUGCUUCUUCUCAUCCAGAUGAAGAAAUCGUGCUAUACAAAAAUGAAUCCGAAUUUCCAGAAAAUUGCAAGUCUAAACCUCAUGGGUUUUCUUUAGCAGGCCUAGAGAAUGUAGCAUCUCCAGAGUACAUAUCUGAACAAGGGGAACAAUCUUUAGUUGUGUCAGAUGGAACAGCUGCAAUGUUGUCAUUUAAACCUGACUUUUUUGAAGGGAAUCGUUUAACCCCCCUUGAAUGCAAUAGAAAUUCAGGAAGUCCCUUACGAGAAAGAAUUGAAAAGCUACAAGAUGAUAAAUCUAAUUCAGAAAGUUGUAAAUCAGAAGCUGAAGCAUUGAGCAUCAAUUUGACUGAUAAGCUGGGGGUUGAGAGGCAAGAAAGAUUUCUGGUUGAUGGCUCGCAAAGUGAACCAAUGUCAGCAUCGUUGAAAUCUACUGAAUCGAAAAGUUCACAGAUUGAAGAUAGUCCCAAGUAUACUAGCGAAACUUCCAUAACUGCUGAAUCGGUUGAAAAUAAUGAAGAAAUAGAGAGUUACGUGAAACAAGAAAAUGAGCAAUUGCAUCAAAUGCAAUUAACGGCGGAAGGAUCGAAAGUAAAUAAUAGUUUUUCAGAGCCUGAAAUGCCGAAACAUAGCGAGGCCGUUGAUUACGGCCAAGACCUUGCCAAGCUGGGUAUUGAAAGGCAAGAAAAGUUCCUUGUUGAUGAUUCACAAAAUGAAUUGAAAUUGACUGAACUCCUAGAUGAUGAUAUGACAACUUCUGGUGGUAGAAAAACUUCAAACUCUGCUGAAAUCGAGGAAUCCGGAAUUGCAGAAGAACCAAAGACUUCUGGAGCUUCUGUUUGUGAAACAGGGGCUAAACCAUUAGAAAUGACUCCGAAGAAUUUUGGUGUUUCUGAAUCGGAAAUUCCUGUUAAAAUUUUCCGGGACGAAUCGUCUGUUGUUGGUGAUUCAAGAAAAGAUGACCAUGACCAUGUAGAGGCUCCAAUAAUACCCCCCAAAACUCUUAAUAUUGGUAAUUUAGGCAUUCCAGAACAAUGUAAGCAUUUUGAAGAUUUUGUUCCAGAAACGAAGUAUAAGCGCUUUUCUUCUUCAAAUGAUGCUAUAGUAUCCGAGGAUAUUUUUAAAACAGAAACAUCUACUGAAAUCGUUGCUGAUGAUGCAUCUAUUCUUUGUGAUUCAGGAAAAUACAAUCAAGAAGAUGGGAAGGUUUUGUCAGAAAAUUCGAAAUCUCUUGUAAUUGGUGAUUCUAGAACUGCAGGGCAAUCUGAAAAUACUGAAAUUUUCUCUCCGGAAGUAGAUAAAAAGUCUCAUCCUACAACCUCAGACACUACGCCAUUAGAGGGGACCACGAAGAGUUCAGAAACUUAUGAAACAAAACCAUUUGCUGAAGUAGCUUUAGAUGAAGCAACUGAUGUUGCUGGCUCAAGGAUAAACGAACAAGAACAUGAAGAGACUCCAGCUUCACUUAUUCAGCAUCCACUUGUUGAAAGUGCUUUAGGCAAAGAACGAGAAACCUCUGUCCCUGUUACUCAACAGCCAGAUAAAAGCUUAUGGGCUACUGAUAGCGGCUUAAUUGUAAUAAAUCCUCACCUUACAAUGUCCCUUGAAAAGCUCUCAGUACCAAAGUCGUCAAGUCUUUCUACUAUUCAACCACAAUCAAAGGGGUUAGUUACUCCUAAAUUUAUCAGUUCUUCCACGUCGGAGACGAAUUUAGAAGCUAAAAGUGUUACUUCAAGGACAGAUAAUGAUCCCUACUUCUCAGCAAGGGAGGAUAUUAGUGGAAGCAACGCAUUGUCAAUUGGUCCCUCUUCGGAUACUGAGUACUUCUCUGCUAUGGAAAAUAUGGAAGAUUCAUUGUUACUGAGUGAUGCUAAUGGGGAAGGUAAAUUUGCUGGAGAUGGAGCAAUUAAGCCCAAAAUGGAAUGUUCAAGCAGCGAAGAAACACUGUACGUUGACAAUUCUGACUUGGACGAAGGUGAUGGGGAAGAUGGGUUAGCAAUGCUGGGAAAAGAAGAUGUAGGCAUUACAGUUAAUGGAAUCAGAGUUCCUAGUACGACUUGUGCCGCUGAAUUUGCUGAAACAACUGAUAUUCAUAGUGAACUUAAUUCUGAACCUGUAUAUCCUCAAGAUACUGGCACUACCGUCCGUUUAAAAAUAGGAAGAGGUGUCUCUGAAAUUGAUGAAAAAAACAAUAGUUCUAUUGAGGAAUCGGACAAGCCGCUUGAUCUUACUUAUUCACAUGCGUUGGAUGAACCAGUCGUUAGAAGUAUCAAUAUUCCCGAAGCAUCAAAUAUUGGGAAAGAAGAAUUUAAAUCUGAAGUUCCUAUUCCAGGCAGCGAUUACGCGAAAGGCCACAGAACUACAAGUUAUGAAGUGUCGGAAAUAAAGAGCUCUGAUUUAGAUAAGACAGUGAAUAGACCAAGUGUGGAAUUGAGUGCAAGACUUGCCCAAAUUUCCCCCCAAGAUUUUGCGAUUGCAACUGAAGUGAAACUUCCUAGCGUUGGCGUUACAGCUUCCAAAGAAGACUCUGAUGAUUCAGUCUCUAACAUGGCUGUUCUAGAGUCUUUGCAAUCGAAGGAAAUCAGAUCUUCGAACCUAUUAUCUGGUAGUAGUAUAGAUGCAUUAAAGUUAGAUGUUACACAAGUAACAAAUUCACUCAAUAUCAAUAAAGAUAAAGAUAUGAAAAUCGGUAGUAAACAGGAAUGUAAUGAACAAACUUGUCGAGACUGCCUUGCAGGCAGCAGCUUCAUUGGAACCAAGUCUCCCACUGGUGAAGAAAAUAUGUGUGAAGUUGAUUCAUCGUUUCUAAAGUUACAAAGUAUAUCUGACUCGAGUAAACCUGUUACUGAUGAAAUUCCUAGAAUGCCUUGUACUGAAGAACCCGCAAGCCACACUGAGCCUUUUUCUUCAAAAUCGACGGAUGAAUCAAGUGUAUCAGAUAUGGGUAAUGGCGACUACGAUUUGACUGGAUUUGGAGACAGGGCAUCAAGAUUGGAUCCCAAAGCAGAGAAUCAUGGGUCAGAUGAGAUUGCAGAAUUCUAUAAAAAUGAAGGUGCUACUAUAUCUUCCAUUCCAUUUAGCAAACUUGAAAACGAUAGAAUAACAGGUGUAGUCGAAAUCACCAAAUAUGCCGACAACGUAGAACCAAGUUAUGAAAGUUAUCCAGGAAUGAAAGGUGUUACCACUUCAGUAGCUCAUCCAUGUCAACCUACUAUCUCCGCGAUCCAUCAAAUAGGUGAUAGUAACAAGGAUUCAAUCAAUGAAGAUAUUUCUGUACCUGGAGAAGGAGCAGUUGAUAAUAUUUAUCACCUUUCUAGUUUACCUAGCUGUCAAAAAUCCAAAAAUUCACGGAACAAAGAAGAGGUAAUUGCUAAGGAUUCACAAAAUUUUUCGAAUGGCAAAGCCUCCUAUUCAGAUCCAAGUGAAGCUAAUUCUAAAUCCGGUAUUUCCAGCGAUUUACACUCCAUGAUCCCUGUGAAGUUAUCUAUGUACGAAACAGAGAAAGCUUCUGUCAAUAUGGAGAGUUCAGAUCAUGACGAAUUGCGUUCAUCAAGUGGAGGAAUUAAUGCAAUACCUUCAGAAGAUUCUAUGGACAAAAUUGAUGCCUCUAAACAGUCAGAUUCUGAUAAAGAGUGUGCUUAUGAACAGUAUAAUUUGCCGAAACGGGAUUAUGAAGUUCGAUCAGGCACUGAAGAUGUUCCAGACAUUACAAGUCAAAGUUCUGAGACGUCAUUUUUAAUGUCAAUGCAUGAACAGAGUGAUGAACCAAGGAUUGGAAAGGGUGGCAGUUUAACGACCAUCGAAAUCGCGACACUCAAUGCGGAAACCGAGUCAACAGUUAUGGUCAUGAAACCUCAUGAAUUUGACAUUACAGAUGGGUUUGAAGAUAAUAUUUCUAGUAUAAAUAGUGGAAGUCUACUGAGAACUGAUGCGCGAUCUGGUGCGGACUAUCAUUCUGUUGAAGAUACCAUACCUAUGGAACAGUCGACGGAUGUUCUAACUGAUAAACUUGAAGAAAAAUUCUCUGAAUGUUCUCGUAAAAUUCAUGAUAUUCAGAGUGUAGACAUUAUAUCUUCUCAUAUUGUUGAGCCGGUAAGUACCUUAGAAAAAACUGUUGGUGAAGAUAACGGUUACAUUGGCAAGGAGGUCGAUGAAACAGGCAAAGAAGAAGCAGAACUUUCAUCAAGAGGAGACUUGCUGAUUGAACUAACUGAUCACAGUUGUACUGAUGUGUACGAUAUCAAGUCUAAGACAUCAAAAUCUAAAACGCCGGAAAAAAUGAAAGAACGUUUAAACGAAGAUGAUAAGAAUGGCUUGAUAGAAAAUUGCGUGGGAACUCGAGAGAAGUCUAAUUUUGUUUCAAUAGAAUCAUUAGGAAGGUGUGAAACAAUUGAUUCUAGCACAAAACUAUCCGAAGAGAGCGAGUAUCCUGUUCAUGAGGUCAGUAAAGAAGAUUUAUAUAAAGAUUAUUAUAAGUCAGCCACGGACGAAGAAAGCGAAAAGUCAGAUAAAAUAAUGCCUACAGUAGGUGGACUGUUUUGUAUUGAUAAACUUUCAAGAAAAGUUGAGGAUCUUUCUUCAAAGCCUCCACAAAUCCCAGAUAUGAGAAACGUGAGAGGUGAAAAAGGUGAAGUGAAAGCACCAAUUCCCAGUGGAAUGAUUUUAAUUGUUCAAGAUGACGAACACGUAUUCGCUGCUAAACCCUAUGAACAUGUAGAAUUUAAGGACACUCCAACUUCACUUAUUUCGGAAAAUUCUGAUAUUGAAAAUGAAACUAUAGUUGGAAUCGACAGUCAAAAUUCUGAUAAUGAAUUCGCUUGUGUGAGUCAAUUCGAUUUGAGUAAUAGAUUUAAUGCCGACAAAGAAGUAACCGGUAACGAACAAGGUUCUGACACUUCCCGCAAGACGAUGAGUGGCGAAAUCUUUGAUGAUGAAACUAGAACCCACACUGAUUCAGAGAGAAAGAAAGAGUCGGACUAUGAUCAUUCUCAAUCAGGUGUAUUGUUACAUUGUACCCCUGAUGACGUGAGGGGAAAAUCUUCAGUUUGUUGUGAAAAAGUUGGUAACGUAGUGAAGGAUGGCAAAUUCUCAGACCGUACUAGCAGUUCUGGUCUAGCCACUUCUGAAAGCCCUGAACCCUUCGGCAUUACUGAUCGUUCUUGUAACGAUGAGCUCACUUACAGAUUGCAUUUAGGACAAGAUUUGCAAAAAGGUGAGCUUGAUGACGAUGAAACAGCAGAAAAAUCAAAAUUGUGGAUCGUAAAAGAUCCAAAAGUCAGUUCAGAAAUACCUGAAGUGGAGAAUUUAAGUCGAAAAAAUACUUCCUGGCCAGAAAAUUUCUCAGAAUCUAUUAUGCUGUCUACUCCUUCUCCAGAUAAUGAAGCUACCUAUAUGGCUUUAAAGCCCAAAAAUCUUGAAGAGGAUUUCAAACCCGCUAACGUUUUAAUUGAUUCUCUUGAAGACAAUGAACAACAAGAUGAGUACACUGGAUAUAUGAAAACUGAACUAAUAGAUGAAGAAACUCCUAGAAAUAAAGAUCAAAUUACUAUGGAAAAUACCACAAGGGAAUGUGAGGAUGUCAGAAAGCAUCUGCCACAUGGUCUAUAUGCAAGCGAAUCUAGUGUGGUGUUUGGAAGUGGAAUACCUGGAAUCGCUGGCCAGUCUGAAACAGAAGAACCUGCUCACAAGGCUAAACUGGGGCAAGAGUUACGAAGUGAGGAUAGAAGGGAAAUAAAGGAAAAAUUCUCUGAAGAAAAGCUUUCAGAAAUGAAAAAUACGUCAGACAUCGACAGUGACUCGAAAAUAAGAUCCUCUGAGCAAAUAGGUAACGUAGAUUUCUCAAAAAUUUCCCUGCCAAAAACAUCUCUAAAUUCCGACAACUCGAAUGAUCGUGUUGGAGCAGGAUUUAUCGAUGAUCUGCCUUGGAAAUCUUCUCAACAGGCGGAAAAUGAGGACUCUUCUGCACGCUCUGUCCUAAAAACAACGGAAAAGACGGAUAGUGUCUUGAUGUCAAAAGCUCAGUCCGAGCUCCAGCAACAACAUCAGUGCAAAAUAGAUAAAGAUGCUGAACUAUCCUCAUUCGAAAGGUUCAAUAAAGUAGGUGAAGUAAGUGUAGGGACAACGGAUUUUAUUCUUCAUGAACCAGCUAUUCGAAGAACCACUACGGAAGAGUCAGGGCUCGAAGAGAAUAGCAUAAAAGGAGGGGUCGAUGAUCUAUUUCAAGCCUUACCUGAAGAUGAAUCUAGCCUAACCCUUGGUCAUUCCACUUGUGAAACUCUUACAUUCACGGGCAAGGGGGAACAAAAGUUGUAUGGAGACAAAUGUUGUCAUGAUCCAGCCGAUGUUCUAUCUGCAAUGAGAGGUGAUACAGUUGUGGAAGAAGUUAAAAAACCGUCAAAUAAUGCAAUGGAAGUAUCAUAUGAAUCGAAUAUGGGAUCUGUUCAACAAGCAGAGAGUUCUGAUUUCUCUACUAUUUUGGUCACAAGGAUAUCGGAUAAGCAUGGCAAAUCAACUGAUCUAGCAUCAGAGGCCCAAGCAGAACUUCAGGAACAAAAUAAGCAUGCUGGAAGAAUGAAUGCUAGAUGGAGCUCAUUCAUAGAGUUGGAUCAAAAUGAUGGUAAAGAAAAUGGAAUGGCCGAUCCGACUCUCAAUGUAGAUCACAAGUUUAGUGAAGAUGAAUUAAGCGAAGUUUCUGCACAAACACCAGAACUUGAUAAUCGGCAAGUCGACACUGUAGGUGAUAUUUCGUCAUCUCGCCAUUCUGUAAUCGAACCUUGCAUGAUGCCAGAGUCUUCAAACUUUACAAGAGGAGCAGUUGGUAAAAUUUUUCAAGAAAAAAUUGUCUGCAAGCCAUUUGUAAAAUCUCAUGAUACUACAGGCAGAAAAAUCAUCAACGAUUUCAAAUCAGCCCUAGAAGCUGAGAACUAUGACGACUUUGACAAUGACUCGAAUGACAUUUCUCAUGACGUAGAGAUCUCUGAUGAAUUUAAACCGCAAAGCUCUUUCGGUGAGAGAAUUGCGGAGGAUGCUCUUAAGGGGCUCUCAGACUAUCGGGACAGAGGAGAAAAUGAAAGGCCUUCUAAGUCCGCAGUAGACAUAGCCAUACCUUCAUCUGAACAAAUUUGUACAGACAGUGUAUCGGACAAAGCAGUAUUGCAAUCAACCAAUCCUGAAGCCACCAGUACAUCAGAUGUUUUCCUUCUCAGUAGUGAAAGCGAAUAUACGGAUUCAAAACCUAGAAAGCUUGAAGAUUUCAGUGAAUUUACUACUUCCUCAGGUGUCAUAAACACUAAUUUCUCUCGCUCUGGCUUUGAAGGUCAUGGAAGCGAAUAUUCAUCAGUCGCAGGUGAACUAAACAUGAAAAAUAGAUCCAAUCCUUCAUUCAAAACUGAUGCUGAAGAAUUUUUAGCGGAGCUUGUUAACAGGUCUUGUCAAGAUCGACUCGUAGCAAAAGAAACCUCACCAAAUAUGGUCAUCCACAGUAAAGAACCUUCGAAUUCAAAGAAAGUUAAUGAGGAGUAUGAUAAAUUGGAUGUAUUUUCUGAAAUAGGUUCACCAGAAGAAAGUCAUGAGUCAGACAAUGAUAAAGAGAGUGUGGGAACUUCGGUUAGUAUAGGAAAGAAUUCAACAAAACCUAGUGUUAAGGGAGAUGAAGGCGAUAAUGUAAGCUCUUCGGCCAAGACAGAAAAUACUGUUGUUUCUACAAGUACAGAUGGCAGACAUGAUAAAAAUGAAGUGGCAUGGGAAAGAUCCACUCGACGGACAAGGUGUUUCAACGACGAAAAUCGAAAGGGAUCUCAGGAAAGUCUUAUUGACCAAAUGGAUACCCGAAUUGAUCAGUCGAGCGGAAAUGCUUACGAACCUGAAGGUUUCCAACCCCUAGAUUCUGGGAAUGAUGAGAACAAAGACAUGGUUAACCUUGAACCUAUCAAGAGGGCUGAUGAAAAUGGUAUUGAAGGAUUUAGUUUGGAAAAUGAUUUCCCAAGAAAAUUUAAUAAUAAACUUACGAAUGCUGAAUUACCAAGUCCUGCUCUUCUGGAAAUAACUGAUGUGUCUUGUACUGAAGACUUCGUCAGUAAAUCCGCGCUUAUCUCUUUCGGAUCUCAGGAUUCAGGCGAGCGUUGUAAAGAGGGGGGUGCAAAUAGUGAGUUCUCUCAACUACCGGAUCAUUUCAGGGAUGUGGAUGAAGUAGAAUUAGUAGAUGAAAUUGGUCUUCUUAAUAGCAUGGAGUCUGAUGAUGACAAAGUUCGCAAAGAGUCAUCAGACUCAAGACUUACAGAACAUACUAGAGAAAACCAAACGGACAAAUCUGAUAAUUUACGAUCUGGCACUAAUGAAGAGAAAAUUAGAGAAGAUCUAACAAGGAGUGCUGCUGAUGAAAUCAAGAGAGAAGUUGUUGAAGGAGAAAUAGAGUGUGAAGAGAAUGCAUUUGAAGUUGAAAGGAUUGAAGGUGCUUCUGGUUUGUUUUGUUCCAAAAAAGCCGAAUCCAAAUUUAAAACAGCUUCUGAAGAUAAUGAUUCUGAUAGUAUUUCAACAAAGGAGACUUGCCCAGUAUAUGCAUCAAGUGCGGAGGGGUUAAGUGAUGAGACUUCCAGUUUUCCACUUAAAACACAUAUUAAAUCCUCACAAAAGGAAAUCGGCUGUAAAGCAGUUAUGCAAAGUGAAAAUAGUAAAAAUGGCAAAUUACAUGAAAUUUCAAAAUCUGGGCCCACUGAUAAAAGUAAUUUGCAUUUUGGUGAAAUCGAAGAAGACGGCAAAAAGGGCUCGGGUAAGAUUUCACUCAGAGUGGAUGAAAAGGAUGGUAAUAAAAUCAUAGGGUGUGAAGAGGGUGAUUUUCUUAAAGGCCAACUAAGUGAACCUUGCGGGGAUAAACUCCAGAGCAAAUCCUUGACUCAACCAAGAGAUAAUGAGUCCACUCUGGACCAGAUGGACUCUUUGAAUAUCACCAGUUCCAAUCUUCCAGGAAUGAGCAAAGACACAUCGAGUAACAGAGCUCCUGAGCACAAUAAAGAUGAUCUUAAAGAAAAAAGUGUUAUUGAAUUCUCUGCUAAUGGUGAUGAAAUGAACAAACAAGGAGUUAAAGAUUACCUCUCAGAAAAAGUUGAUGAAGUUCGAAGAGUAGCAGAUCAGGCAACGGUGGGUGUAGAUGACUCACAGCUCUCAGCUAACAGAGGCUCUGAAGAUCCAACGGUCGAAGUCGGAAAAGAUAUAAACACACCAAAGGGGUCGGAAGCUAAUAGAAAAUGUGAAACUGGCUCCGAUAUAUGCAAACAAGGCGAGGGAGAAGGCAAACUGAACGAAACUUUCAUGCUAACGGAUAAAGGUUCCAUUGAAGAAUUUACUAAUUUUUCGAAAGGAAGUUUAAAAGUGGAUAGAGUUCCUGAAUAUGGAGAAGGAAAAGUCCAAAAUGGUGGGCCCGUUUCUUCAGAAUCCCCUUUGGAUGUAGAGUCGGAGAAAUCUACUGUGAAAAAUACUUCAGAUGAGACUACACUUCGUUCAUCGUCAUCUUUAUCUGAAGAAACUGGUGCUAUGAAAAUCGGUAAAUUUUUGGAGAGGUCGGACGACUUCGAUUCUGGUGGGGGAGUUUACUUGGGGUCAUCAAGGAAAGUUACGAUUGAUUCCGAAAGUUCUGCAGAGUCGGUUGAAAGGUUCCCACUGUCUAGUCGAAGCUGCAAUGAUGAAUUCGCAGAUGGGUCCAAAGUGGGCGAAAUUAUGGGACGAGAAAGUGAAUACGAUUGCAAAAUCGACUCUGCGACAACAUCCGUCUGUGGCAUAAUAGCCUCUGCAGAUGCAGCUGAUCAAACCUAUAGUAAUAACCUCUCCAGUGUAAUAACUAAUGAUAAAAAGCAAGAGAUUGAAAAAUAUAAAGGAGAUUGCCAAGUUCGUGAUGAGUCUGAAGGCAAAGUUCCUUUUGAUUUGGAAAUUUCUGCUAUUGCAUCGGAAAGCUCCGUACUCUUAGGUGAAACCGGCGACGAAAUGAUUGCUAAUAAGUCUGCGUUUGGGGAAAAUCAAUCUUGCUACGUAAUGGAGAUAUCAAAAGUAAGAGACCUUCCAUUUGAAGAUACUUCGACUACAGAUGUUGAUAAUGUUGUUGAAAUAUCUGAAAAGACAAAUACAAAGUCUGCAAGUCCAAUGGAGAUAUCCAGUAGGCAACUACCAGCUGAGAGACCAGAAAUUACUCAAACUCAGAAUGAUAUCAAAGUUGCGGAUGAUAGUGUUUCACGUCUGCUUCAAAAGGAUGAUUAUUCCAGAACACCAGAACAAGUUGGAGAAGAUCUUGAAAGAUGCAGUGAAGUAAUUACAAACAGAUCUCCAACUAGUGUACCUCCAUCAUCAAUCAUAGUUCAAAGUUCCGGAACCGAAGUUGGGGCUGGCGUUGAAGAUGAUAUAGAUUUAGCUUCCAAAGGAGAACUAGAUAACACCAAACAACUAUAUGCAAACUGUAUUUUACCUGAAACCGAGUUGGCUGAACAGAUUUUUAACACAGACUUUGUGAACGAAAGCAAGAUAGAUGAAAGGAUUGGAGCAAUAAAGCAAGGUAUGGAUGAAGAUUCAGAAAGAGAUUAUGGAAUGCCCGGAAAAAGUAACAAAGAUGAGUCUAAACAAAUGUAUGUAAAUCCGUCUGCUGCUAAUAAAGACAAUGGAUCAUUUAUGGAAGACAGUAAUGAAAAUGAAAAAGCCUCACUAUUGUUAACAGCCGAAGUUUCUAGUAAAGAACUAAAGAAUCUUGAACCUGAUUUCGGAUCAUUUUCGAAGGUUUCGGAAUGUUUGGUUACUGAAAAGGCCACUUUUAGGAGGUUAGAUACCGGCGAAUUGCUAAAAAAUCUAAGUUCAAGCGAAUCAGUUCCUUCCCGACCUUCUAACUUCAGAAGCUUCAAUGUUCCUGACCCAAUUAAAUGCAGAUCACCUGAAAUGUUCUCGGGACAAAAUUAUGUUCACGGUGGGGAUAUUAACUCAUCCGAGGAGACGUAUUUCCGUAGUUCUAUUGGAAGUCCUUCAGCAUUUGUUUCAGGUUCUCCAUUAAUCAAUGCAGAGCAUUUACGUCACGAAUCCUCUCCUGAAGAUAUAGAAAGUUCAUCCUCUUGUAGUCUGCUAGAACCCUCUGAAGAACAUCCCCGUGUAACCUCACCUAUUCAUUACUCUCAAUCUGUGUUUGAACGACCUGGGCUAGGGGAUCUCUCUCCAAUUACAGAGGAGGCCUCUCCUAUGCUCAAACGUCUAUCUCGACCACUUAGCUUUGUUCUAGCUCCUUCUAUCGCUCCUCUGCGAUCAGAGGUAUUUAUCUAUCCCCUCAUAAAUAAUACAAAACUGUGCAGUGGACUACUUGAAGAACUUGAGGCAGAAGUAGCUUGGAUUUCUUCAAUGCAAGGGGGACUUUUGAAUGAUAGUUUUGUAUCCCUCAAUGACAAUGAAAAUCAAAAACUACUUGAUCAUUACUACGAAAUCAACAAUGACCUUUUAUCCCAUAAACAAUCCUGUUUGGCUCUGUGUUCUAAAACGGAGCAAUUGGUCUUAGAAGACAGUAAUUCAAUUCCUUCAAAUUUGAGAAAAGUGUUGGAAGAUAAAUCACAGGAGAUCAAAUCGAAAUUUGGAAAGCUUAUGCAAGAAACCACCUCUAGGAUACAUCUACUUACAACGUGUCUAGACAAUCUUGAACAGCUGACGUUCGAAUUACAGGACUCCAAGUUAUGGUUAACAACUACUCAACAGCAGUUAAACAACGUCCUGAACAUCGCUGACCCACAGCCUGAAAAUCUUUCUACCUGUCAAGAGCAGCUAAUCCUCUUGGAGAGGGAACUCAUAAUCAAAAAAGGCGAUUUUGCGGGCGUGUCGUCACCCUCACAAAAAUUCCUUUCCUCGUUAGAAAAAUACAAUUCGACUAAGAACGAAUACGCAAAUAGUGUCGGAGCUGAUAUACCUAAUCUCCAAGCCUCAUCUGAAAAUGUUAUAUCUUCCGUGGAUACCGCUGUUACUUGGGUUCGGGAUAAGUUCAACAGUUUGGCAGCGUUGGCAAGGGAACAGUCAGCACUCUAUUCUGAAGCGGCUUCUGGUUUCAACGAAUUCUCCACAGGAUUGACGAGCUUUCAUGAUGCGCUUGAUGUAGCUGAAAAGAACUUCUGGCAAACUGUUCGGAAGCUUCUUGCAGCGGGUGUUGAUGUUAAUCCCCGUUCAGAUGCAAACACUCGUGCUCCUCUGAAUACCGACUUGAUUACGAAUCCUAUACUUGUGAGAGAUCAAGCGGCUUUGCUGUUUGCUUUGGAUACUGAUCUAGCAAGACUUACUAAGACUCUCGAGAAUUUGGAUGACCAAAGGACUAACCUGGCAGAAAACCUGCUUCCCAUUGUUUCAAUAUCUGCCUCAGCCAUCGAUUCAAGUGUACAUAAACCUCUGGACUCGGAGAAAUUACGCCUCUCUUCACUUAAAAAAGACCUGCAUUCGAUUGAAGGAGAGUUGAAAUCCCUACUCGGUACGCUUGGUUCUUCUAAAAAAGCUGUGGAAGAUACUUCAGCCUGGCUAGAAGGCGCUGCUGCGAGUGAAAGGGUGAAGGAUCAAUCUGGGUCUACACUUUCAGAUGCUCUUCAUGCGAGAGAUAAAAUGCAAGCUGAAUUAUCAGCGAGAGAACUUGGGCUUGAGUCCUCACUCCGCGAUGCUAAGGAAGAACUCCGACAACUGAAAGAAAAUGGUGCACCUUCAGAAGAUAUAGAAAAAGCAAAGCAAAAAUUUGUUCAGGCUCAACAACUUGUGGAAAAGUGUGCUCAAUGUGCUGAUUUACAACAGAAAUUGUCUUCUAAUCAGGAUUUGCUCAGCGAGCUCGAUCAAGAUUCCGUUCUUCUAGAUAAAGCAUCGGCCGGUUUAAAUGCGAUUUUGGAGCAGACGAAAGCCAAUUUGCAUGUUCUUGAGUCUGGGCGAUUAAGCAAAGAAGAAAGUAACAAAAUGCUGGAUGAGAUGAAGGCAACGAAGGCAGAAAGAGAAGCAGAAGUUACAAAAUUAGAAGAUGCGAUAAAUAAACUGGAGAGCGAAGCAAAUGCACUCGGCAGAGAAGGUGAUAUCAAGGCUGCCAAAGAGAAGUUAGCAGUGGUCCGUGGAAAUCUUGCUAUACUAGAAAAAUUAAUCCUCAAAUCUCAGCAGGAGUGUAAUGAGCGCUUCUCACGUCAGGAGCAAUUCGAGGCCUCUCGAGCUAAACUAAUUGACUGGAUUCAAAGCCUUGAGACACGGCUGAAUGCUGGUAUCUUUGCUGACAGAUCAGCUGUGGAUGAAGCAUCGAUUCAUAAGCAGAUAAAGGAACUUGAUAUAAUUGAAUCUGAAUGUUUUUCAUUGGGAGGUGAGGUAGAAGCUAUAACUGCCCUUUUGAAGCCUUCUGAUGACAAGUUAAUGCUAGAAGCCGAAGGAAUGAAAAAUCGCUAUGACAAACUUAAGCAACAUGUUACUGAAAUGCAGUCUUCUGCUUCGAUGGCUUUGAAUCGCUUACAGACAUUUAACCAAGCCUAUAUAGAGGCUGAUGCUUGGAUAACACAGCGUCUUGCUCAGGUCUCUCAAAUUCAUCUUGAAUCUACCAAUCCACAUGAGAUUCUUGCAUUGAAAGCAAAAGUUGAUAGUUUCAAAGGAGAGCUAGAAGCCAUGUCACCUCGAAUGGAUGACCUUAAACAAUUAGGCACCGAAUUGUUGGUUCAGAAAGGAGUCGGAAAAGGUUCAAAUAUCAUUCGAUAUCACUUGACAGAUCUUGAAAAGAAGUGGAAAGCUCUUGAUACGAAAUGCAAAGAACGAUCCUCCGAAUUUGCUGAUACCUACUCACAGGCGCUUUCUCUUGAGCAAUGCUUUAAUGAUCUUGAUAAUCACCUCAAUCACCAUUCUCGAUCUUUUGAGAAUCUGUCUAUGGUACCUUCACCCAAAGAACAACUACAAAAGCUUCUGUCACUACACUUCGGAUUGAUUCGAACUGAGCCAUCAAUGCAUACAUUCGAGGAAGCAGCGAGUCAAUUCCUGAAUUCUCUGCCUGCAAGUGUUGAUGCCUCAGACCUCUCCUCUAAUGUCAGCAGCGCUCGAUCACGCUUUGAUAGCUUGAUGGGAGCAAUUGAAUCUCGUUUGGAGACUCUUCAAGAUGCCAUGGCUGACAAAGCAGAAAAGGAAGCCUUAAAAAACCAUAAAGUUACAGAAGGGGGACAGGAAAUGUCUAUUGAAGAAUCUGAAGAAAUCCCGAAAUCAGCUAUUCUAGAUAUGACCGAAUCCGCGGACAAUACUCUGAAGAGUAAUAAAGAGUCAUUGACCCCUGGAGUUAAAAAGCCUCUAUUCGAAACUCUUUCCCAAAGUGAGUCAGAAUACGACGCCUCGGCAGCUAAAUUUGAUAGUGUGAAGGAACGAGUCGCCGCUCUGCAAGUGAGUUUAACUCUUCUUAAUAAAACUAUUUCAUCUACUGUGCUUAUCUAUAUUGUAUCAUUCCAGGCGUGGUUGGAUUUGGAAUCUACAACAUCAGACUCUCCAAUCUUUGAAAGUGGCACCUUUCCUACAACAAUUUCAAGUCUUGCUAAAGCAGUUCAGCGAGCUGAGACCUUCUUAGCUCUGGUGGAAUCUCGAAGAAAACAGCUUGAUUCUCUUAGUGUAGAAGUGAAAGAUAUGCAGAAUCUCGAGCUUACCGAUGAACUUAGCAGAUGCCGGACUCACUUGAAUGAUGUAGAAAGUAGACAUGCUGAUAAAUUGAAAGCUUUGCAGGAAAUUAGAGCUAAAGCUGAACCAAUUGAAACAGAUAUUCAAGCUCAACAAGUCAUGCUUGGUGUCCUUGAAUCUCAAUUGCAAAAAGAUCUUGGUUCAAAUAUUCGUCUAGAAUCUCUACUUCAGAAUGUUAUCAAUCACGAGUUCCCACCUAUCGCAUCCAAAAUUCAAGAUCUCGAAGAUACGCUGUCAAAACUUGGAGAUGGGAACCCGGAUCAGUCCGUUCAAUCUCUUAAGCAACAAGAAUCAGCUCUACAAAAACGUACUAAACGUCUCGAAUCCUCAAUCAAACGUGCUAUUGAAGGAGGCCAAGCUGAUCAAAAAACAAUUUCCAAUCUUCUUACCCGUGGUGAUCUAAUAAAACGUCGAUUAAAUGAACUUGAGGAUAAAAUUGACAUUUCAAGAUCUGGUGGUACAUUGCUUGAUCCAGAUUCACUAGAUCGAAACCUCAAUGAUAUCAUUUCAACUACUGAUAAAGUGUUUCUCAGCGACUUAUUGAACCGCUUUAUUUUCUUAUCGCAGCUAGAGGAAUGUGAAGACUCUUUGAAGGCUCUGAAAGAUGAUAAGAAAGACCUAUCAUCACUUCCUCUGCUAGACAACUUCAUGAAGGAUCUGAAGCGACAAUCCACUCGUGUACGUGAGGCAGCGGAAGUGGCUUCUGAAGAGUUACGACAAAAGGUGAACAUGGCGAAACAUUAUUCUGAUCAAAGGGAGAUUCUGUCAAAGAUGAUUACUGAGGCUCACUUAAACUCACCUCUUCGUUCCCGCAGGUAA